UUUACGGAAGUUUUUACAUUUUGCAGACAGCGGUUGUUAUAAUUUAUAUUUAUGGGUUUUUGUGAUUGAUGUGGAUGCUUUAAAUGUUUUAUUACUGCAGUUCAAGUCUGUAACAAGACAGCGUUUAAAAAAUACCCUCUGACCCAGACGGGAACCGACUUUUGGCCUUUUUAAGCGACAAACCCGAGCUGUGUGUGAUGCUGUAGCUUUGUAACCGACAUGGCAAAGGUUCCUCCUCCAGGAUCAGUCGUAGUCGCAGACUGGCAUCGAUAUAAAGACAGUAAAGAGUAUUUCAUCAAAAUCCUCCACAAGAAGAGACGCAGGAACUUUGGCCUUUUGGAGUCUCCAGUGAUGCCUCCACAUGUAGCUGUGGACACAGUUCAUUAUAAGAUCUUCAUCUCUGGUAAGAGCGGAGUUGGGAAAACUGCUAUUGCUGCACGUCUGGCAGGCAUGAAUAUUCCCAGCAUGCACCAUGAAACCACAGGCAUUGAGACAACAGUGGUGUAUUGGCCAGCGAAGCUAAAAGAAAGCAGCAGAGUGCUUUUCUUCCGUUUUCAGCUGUGGGACUGUGGAGAGAACGCCUUACGCAGAUUUGACCAUUUGCUUCCAUCCUGCAAGGAGCAAGUGGAUGCGGUCCUCUUACUAUUCUCCUUCACAGACAGGACAUCAUUCGAUGAUCUGCCAAAUCAGCUCGCCAAAUGGUCCGAGCCAUCUGUCAGGCGUGUUGUGAAAAUGGUAGUUGGCACCAAAUUCGACCUUUUCAUGCACUGUGAUGUGGCAGAGAGAGAUAUAAGGGACUUCCAGGAGACAUGGGGUAUUCCGGUGCUGCGUACAGGCGGGGAGGUCACAGACGGGCUGGGCGACGUAGCCUCACUCCUCAACUGCCUUGCAGAAAACCUAUGGCAUCAGGACUGUGUUACAGCUGGCUCAGCCAGCCACCAUUCGCAGGAGACGUGACUCUGCUUUAAAAAUGAACGUUGUUUUAAACAGCCUGGACUGAACCAGAGAUGAGGGUGCUCACCUCUGAAUGGGGCUCAUGUUGAGAUGAUGAUACUACAUUACUUAUAUUACUUGGCUCCAAAUUAUGUAUUCUAAAAAAAAGAA